GCAUCUUGUUCGGUGCAUGCUGCUGAUGUAGAGAUGCGUAAUACCGCACUUUUGCAGAUGCGCUUGGAUGGAACAUUCGAUGAACGCCAAUUAUGGCUUGGACUGCAAAGCGUUGCUAAGUUUGUUGCUUGUGCCCGCCCUGCUUCAGAGUUCAUCUGCCACGUCCACAACAGAGAUCAACACCACCAGUAGCACCACCACUGUCCCUGAAUUCUCCUACUAUGUGGGAGACUGGUCAGACUGCUCGGCUACUUGUGAAAUUGGAAGCCGCCAACGGGAGGUUUUCUGUUACCGGACAUGCUCAAAUCCCCGGCUAUGCACAUCUGGUGUCACAGACUGGCACUGUCUUGGUACUGCGAAACCAAGCGAGACGGAUCUUUGCUUUGGAGCAGCACCGGUUUGCCCUGCCACGAGCACCGAAACCAAAUCAACCACUUUGACCAGAACACUCACUACAUCGACAGCCACGGAGGUGACCGAAACCAGCACUCGAGGAGUUGUUGAUGGCUGGGAAUGUGUCCCUGGAGCCACAAACUGCGUCAUCGAACAAGUGGCAGCCACCCAAUGUGGCAGCUUUUGCUCCUGCUGUCGACGAAGCACCACACAGGUACCUUUCAUACCUUCACGCACUACAACUCCCCGUCCAGAAACAGAAGACUCAUCUGGAGUGCUUGUUGCAGUGUUGGUUGGACUGGUGAUCACGGCAGCCUGUGUGGUUGUCACCUUUGCGGUCAUUGGGUGGCGAUAUUAUGUCCGCAAGCCGCAGUCCAAACAGAAGUCACGUCCACACAGUGCGCAAUCUCGUCAAGCUCACGGAGUGCAGGCUGAAACUGUUGGAGCGGCAGCUCGUCCAACCAGUUCUGACAGGCAUCGCUCACACGAAGCGCCUGAAAAGACAGUCUUUGACAGGAAACUUGGACGAGGAGUACCUUCUGCUGCUCCGGAUGGCUACUAUGAGGGUCCUCCAGAAUGGAUGAAUGAUGAAGAAGCUGGCGUGUCAUCCAAGACAGCAAGUCCUCGUAGUGCCUUCAGCAGGGCGUUCAGCCACAAUGCAUUUGAGACCGAGAAAAAUGAAUCCGCAAAGUCUUCCCCGAGCAGACGAAAGAGGCAGGAACCGCAGGAACCAGAUAGCCGAGAAAACAGAAAGCCUGAAUCAGAAAGGCCAAGUCCAAAUGCACCCUCCGGGACAUUGCCUCCAGGGUAUGCAUCAGCAGCAAGACGGAACCGUCGAGUAGGAAAAGAUCCUCCAGACAGUGCAGAACCUGGAGAAACUGAGACAAACAUUCCUGGACAGGCAAACACUGAUGAUGGCCCCACAAAGAAAAGCACCCCAAAGACAGGAGGCGCCAAAGACAGCUCAGCCUCGGCCCCAAGUCAGGAACCGAAGACUGAUCAAGCUCCUGGUGGAGGUGAUGGCAAUAAACGCGACAAGGAGUCACCUCGAGGCGCUGGCAAUGCUUCCAGGAGCAAGAGCGGCACUGGAGCCAGAGACAGCUCUGCAAACCCUCGUGUGGCAGCUGAUACCGCUGCGGCGCCUGAGGCAUCAGAUCUCAUCGCAAAGGUAGACCAUGAGUUGGACCAGUCUCAGUGCAAAGAUUUGGAAACUCGUCGGCGGGUCUUCAAGAAUCUCAUCCUCAAGUGGCACCCAGACAAGAACCAGGAAGAGGCUCUCGCUGCGGAGGUCUUUCGCCAUUUAAUGGCGCGGCGGGGCAGAUUCCUGGAGGCUUGACGCAGCAUUUGGUCCUCAACGUGAACACACUGAAGUCUGGUGUGUUUAUGCCGUCGUCUUGGACUUUUUUUUGGCGCACAUGUUUGUGCUUUGUAAAUAGAGUAGAGCAACCGUGGCGAGCGCCCAAAAUGGUGCAGCUUGCAGCGGUGUGCAGUUGGACAAGCCUCACUGGGAGAUGUUGAAGCCUCCCUCACAAAGCUGAAAUAAAUGCCGAUCACUGGAAUUGUUCAGCGCGAACCGAGUUUAAA